GUCGUAAAUUACUUUUUGAAUUAGUUAAAAACAGACAUAUACAUUAUUACAUAUCACUGGUUGGAAGAGAGAUAAAGGGGGAGAGGGGAGAGAGAGAGAAACACGAUCUAUAAACUUCUUCGUCAUCAUGGAGCAAUCUUUCUGCUCAUAAACAAUAUAUGUAUACACAGAUCUACCAAUCUAAAUCUUCAAUCUACACCUUUAUUUAUUUGAAUGGUUCAGUGUCAUGAUAUAGUUAUCGAGCUAGGGUUUUCAGAGAUUUGCUGACAGCUCUGUGGAUCGGGAGGUGUUGAUAACAUCUGUUGUACUUUUUGCUCUUUCGCCAUUGCUCGGCUGUCGGUGAUCUCAGUCCAGUGCUUCUGGUCCUUCAUGCCAUUGGUGCUCCAUGGCAACAAAGAUUAACUCGACGGACAGUAGGACUAGGAGUUCUGUGUCUAUUUUCAUUGUGGUUGGAUUAUGCUGCUUCUUUUAUAUAUUGGGUGCGUGGCAGAGAAGCGGCUUUGGUAAGGGAGACAGUAUAGCUGUGGAGAUCACAAAGAGUGGGGCAGACUGCAGUAUUCUUUCAAAUCUGAACUUUGAGACACAUCACAAUAGUGACACUGGGACUAUUGAUGAUUCUGAUUCAAAAGCCAAGGUGUUUGAACCAUGCCAUCCACGUUACACAGAUUACACGCCAUGUCAAGAUCAAAGACGUGCCAUGAACUUCCCUAGAGAAGAUAUGAUUUAUCGUGAAAGACACUGCCCUCGUGAGGAUGAGAAGUUACAUUGCCUUAUUCCGGCACCCAAAGGAUAUGUUACUCCAUUUCCAUGGCCAAAGAGUCGUGACUAUGUUCCCUUUGCAAAUGCACCAUAUAAGAGCUUGACAGUUGAGAAAGCUAUUCAGAACUGGAUUCAAUACGAGGGCAAUGUAUUCAGGUUUCCAGGUGGAGGAACACAAUUUCCUCAAGGGGCAGAUGCAUAUAUUGAUCAGCUUGCUUCUGCGGUACCUAUUAAAAAUGGGAUGGUUAGAACAGCAUUGGACACUGGUUGCGGGGUUGCGAGUUGGGGUGCAUACCUUCUAAAAAGAAAUGUUAUAGCUAUGUCGUUUGCACCAAGAGACUCGCAUGAAGCCCAGGUUCAGUUUGCUCUGGAGAGGGGUGUGCCUGCCGUCAUUGGUGUUCUUGGAUCGAUAAAGCUGCCAUAUCCAUCUAGAGCUUUUGACAUGGCUCAUUGUUCUCGAUGCUUAAUUCCAUGGGGUGCUAAUGAUGGAAAGUACAUGAUGGAAGUUGAUAGAGUUCUUAGGCCUGGCGGCUAUUGGGUGCUUUCUGGCCCUCCUAUCAAUUGGAAGAAUAACUACAAGGGAUGGCAGCGUCCUAAGGAGGAACUACACGAGGAACAGAGAAAAAUUGAGGAGAUUGCAAGGCUUCUUUGCUGGGAGAAGAAGUACGAGAAGGGUGAAAUGGCUAUUUGGCAGAAGCGAAUGAAUGCUGAUUCUUGUCCUGGCAGGCAAGAUGGUUCCCAGGCGACCUUUUGCAAAUCUGCAGAGGCAGAUGAUGUCUGGUACAAAAAAAUGGAGGCAUGCAUAACUCCAUAUCCCGACAUUAGCAGUCAAGAUGAAGUUGCUGGUGGGCAGCUGAAAGCAUUUCCAGAAAGGCUUUAUGCAGUCCCUCCUAGAAUAGCAAGUGGGUCUGUUCCUGGAGUAUCCACUGAGACUUACCUGGAGGACAACAAACAAUGGAAAAAGCACGUAGCAGCUUAUAAAAAAAUCAAUAAAAUUAUUGACUCAGGAAGAUACCGUAAUAUUAUGGACAUGAAUGCUAGGCUGGGAGGUUUUGCUGCAGCACUUGAAUCUCCCAAAUUGUGGGUUAUGAAUGUUGUGCCCACUAUAGCAGAGAAAAAUACUCUAGGUGCUAUAUACGAGCGAGGAUUGAUAGGCAUCUACCAUGACUGGUGCGAAGGAUUCUCCACAUACCCAAGAACAUAUGACCUUAUUCAUGCCCAUGGUGUUUUCAGUUUGUACAAGGACAGAUGUAACAUGGAAGACAUUCUUUUAGAAAUGGACCGGAUUUUGCGACCAGAAGGGGCAGUCAUAUUCCGCGACGAAGUCGAUGUGCUGGUUAAGGUGAAGAAGACAAUUGGAGGAAUGAGAUGGGAUGCUAAAAUGAUGGAUCAUGAGGAUGGCCCCCUUGUUUCUGAGAAAAUAUUGGUUGCUGUCAAACAAUACUGGGUUGGUAAUUCCACAUCCUCACGAUGAAUGGCACCAAUCUUUGAGGUGAUAUUCUUGUACGAUUUGAACCCUGGCAAGUGCACCUGCCUCUUCUGUCAAGUCUUUGGCACAUCUUUAUUUACCUUGCCAUAAGCAUUAUUGCUGGAAGAGAGAUGCACACUUUGGAGGACGACUUUGCAGGCUAUGCUUGACUGACCAUUGGUCCAUUGGUUGGCCCAUGUUUUUUUUGUACGUAAGUUCUAAAUGAUAUGGAGAGCCUGUAAGGGUCAUAUUAUUUUUUGUGUUUUUGUUUUUUUAGCAUAGCAUGCUUUCCAUAUUGCAUGAUCUUAUGGCAAUCGCUUAACAAAAAGCACUCAUGGCCUGUUAAAACUCUGAACUCAAAUUUGUGAAUUCAGUUUAAGUGUUGUGCUUUUUGGAGAAGGAUGAUUUAGGAAAUGUCAUUACGUUGUGUUUAGGAUCAUGAAUUUAUGUGCAAAACUUUAAUACGCUACUUCCUAUUGUAUUUUGUUCAAAUGCACAAUUCAACUGCAAGUUCUGAA